UUCCGACAGCUGUUUUUCACUUGUCAAUUCUUAGUACAUAUCCUUAUAAUAAAAUCGUCAAUCUUUGAAAAAAAGUUUUCUUGGUUUUAUGCACAUUUUUUCAACGAUGAGGAAUAUUUUCCAACUGUUGUUUUUAAUUACUUACAUGGCAGUGUGUCUAGUACCCGAAGCUGAGCCUAAGACACCCCUUCUAUGUAAAGAGAACGAGUUUAAAUGUAUGAGGAGCUGUAUCUCUGUAAACUGGAGAUGUGAUGGAAAGUAUGAUUGUCCAGACCCUGGUGAUCAAUCAGAUGAGGAAAACUGCCCUAAUGUAACUCUAUGCACUGCUGCCCAGUUCCAGUGUUCAGAUCAGCAGUGCAUUGAUCUUUCCUGGAAAUGUGACGGUGAUGCUGAUUGCAAAGAGUGAUGAAAAAGACUGCACACUAGUGAAUUGGUGUAAAGCGGAUAGAGAAUGGGAGUGCCACAAUCAUGAACAGUGCAUCCUCAAGUCAUGGAAAUGUGACGGGGAUGUAGAUUGCGUGGAUGGUUCAGAUGAAUUAAAUUGUUAAAGUUCUUUUUAUUCACUUUUUGAGUAGAAUGAGCAAUAACUGAAAUUUUACAUGGAUAUUUUAUUUUUAAAUGAGCAGAGAUAUGCUUUAAGGUAAAUGAUAUUAAAAUUUGC